UCAACGGAGAUACCCGCACAAUACUCCACACUUCUCAGCUGGUAUUAGAAAGCAGACGACAUGAUUUUAAAAUCAUUAUUUUUAAUUUAUGUGUGUCUUACAAUUGGAACUUGCCAGCGCGUGGACUUAACACGUACAGACGAGAGUUAUGGUACGGAAGUGGUGGAGGCUGUUAUAAGUAUCCUACACAGAUCAUGUAUAUUUUUCCCAGACGACAUGCUAUAUUUACGGCGAAUGGCUUAUACCGACACGAAAGACGGUACAGACCCGUUUACAUACAAAAUCAACUAUAAAGGUGGUAUUUGGAAAAUAGACGAGGCCGACUUCAAUGCUACCAAAACAGACCCAGCACUGGACCAAUACCGUAAAGAUAUUGACAAGGCUCUCUAUAUAAACUGGACCUCGGUAUCUUACACUGACCUUCGCAAACCUCUACUGUCCGCCAUAGCCGCACAAUUAUCGGCCAUUUUGAAAUCCGGAGGGAUCCCAUUGACGCUCAACCAGCAGGCAUCUCUAUGGGCGGACCAUGGAAAGAAAGAUUUAGAUGUUUUUAUCUCCGCAGUACAAGACCUAGAGAAAAACUCACUUCUCAAGCAGAACCUCGAUAUUGUGUUUGUUCUCGACAGUAGUGCUAGCAUGUCGGAGGCAGACUUCAACAAAUCUAAACACUAUGUUCAAAACUUCAUCUCCGAACUUGACGUCGAUAGUGGCUUGGCCCAUGUCGGAGCUGUAGCAUUCAGCAAUGUUGUGUUCAGUUCGAUUAGUCUUGACAAUGGCAUGUCUGCUUCCCAGCUUCGUGCAGCAAUAUCAAAGAUCCCAUACCAACCUGGGGGAACAAACACUUUCGAUGCGCUACAGUAUGUUCAAGACUACAUAUUUAAGCAGGGGUCAAGGCCAAAUGCUGCCAAGGUCGUUGUCUUGGUUACAGACGGGAGGUCAGCAGAUAAUGUCGCUACCAUCUCAAAUGCAAAAAACCUGCGUGCGGAUGGCGUAACAGUGUUUGCUGUAGGAGUGGGUGGUCUCAUUGAUAAACGCGAAUUAUCUCUAGUGGUGAGCGAACCUAUGUGUAGCCAUCUACAAACAGUGGGAAAUUUCUCACAGCUACCUGCCGAUAGUCACAGCGGUGCUCGUCUUGCAAUUAAUGCACCUGUUGCAUUGAAGCCAGGCUUAUACGAAUUCAAUUGCUCCUCUGACGUCACCACUGUAGUCAUGGAAACAACAGGCAGACCAAAAACAGUUCAGGUAACAUCUAAAGACGGGGCGGUAAGUGUGUUUGGUUCGGGCUCCACCGCAUUUGUUCCUAAUUCCGCCAUCUAUAGCUUUAACGAAUCAGUAACCACAGAAGUUCCUCUUGAUGUGUACGUCAGAGAUGGUUCCAAGAUUAUUUUAGCUUUUAGGAACGACAACUGCCAUUCAAGCUUCAAAGUGAAAAUUUCAAUAGGAGAUCAAAUUCACACAGGUGAUCAUAAGGUUUGUAUAGAAGCAGGUCUGGUGAGUCGUUGUGGCCAAAAGGAUAUAGUUGACAGCCCUUUCAUUAUCAAAGGAACACCAGAACCGUUUAUUCCAAAUGUGUGCGGGAAGACAGAUUCAUUCACCGCGUCAUACCCCGGGAAGACGGACCGUUAUCUCAUGUGCAACGCUGGACACCUUAUAGCCGUGUAUUGCUUGCCGACCCAGAGAUUUGAUAAUACCUUGAGUCUUUGUGUUCACGCUUCUGCAAUAACAACGACAUUGCAGGCGCCAACGAAACCAGUAUAUCAUCCUACGCAUGCGCCAACCACUGUUCACGUGGCAUUGCCAACAACACCGAAACCAUUUAAUAAUCCCUGCACUUUUGAGCAUAUAUCACAUGGGUUAUAUAUUUGGCCAUUCCCUUCUGAUGACAGAAAAUAUAUUAAGUGUGGUAAUUUUGCUAAUACAGGUACAGUUUUUGAUUGCGGUGAACACAAGUAUUUCUCCGCGGCUGUUCAGACCUGCUUAUACAGGGAUAUUGUAGCAAGUUUGUUCGGACCAAAUGGAGUUACCUAUGAUGGACACAAAAAUCCAUGUUUAAAAGAUUAUACUGGUGGCGAUGUACAAUAUUAUCCGUACCCAGGGGACCCGCACCGGUUCAUUCAGUGCGAUGCAUAUGGAGACGCAUACGUGAAGACAUGUCCGCUGAAUGAAGUGUGGGAACCAAAUAUAAAUAAUUGUAUCCCAACAGGAUUUAAGUAUCAAAACGUCAUAGGAUAAUCUCUUUUGCUACAAUUGUUGUUCCACCGACUUAAUAAAAGUACAUAAUAGUAAGUAAUUUACAAUAAAACAUUAUAAAUAUUG